UAGGAUAUUACUCAUACGUCCGCUUCACUUGCCAGUCGCCAUUAUCGAUUUGUGGCAGAGGAAAAAUAGAGAAUUAAAAAAUCGCGUUUCAGCGUUAGGCACCGGUUAGAGAGCGCAUUAAACGCGGCGUUAAAUUGUUCAGUGCUUGUGACGUAGGAACUUCAAAAUCAGUACCGUUUUAUUUUUCGUGGAGCUCGCGUAGAAGAAUUUUCCCGUUGGAAAUAUUCUCAAUCAAUCAAUACCACUCUCUCUCUCGCUCGCCCUAUACGUGUUUGUGUGCGUCUCUCUCUUUCUCCGUGUAUCUGCGUGUGUUUGUGUGUGUGUCGGUGUGGUCUGCUCCUUGGGUGCAUAAUUAAAUUAAUCAAGUAAAUAAAAGCCAUCGAACGGGAGCAGGAACAACAACAACAGCUUCAUCAUGACCAUGGCAGGGCAAACGAUCAACGACAGGCUGCUGGCCGCCCGUCACAGCCUUGCAGGCCAAGGACUCGCCAAGUCCGUUUGCAAGGCCACCACGGAGGAAUGCAUUGGCCCGAAGAAGAAGCACUUGGACUAUUUGGUGCAUUGCACAAACGAGCCGAAUGUGUCGAUACCUCAUCUGGCCAAUUUACUUAUCGAGCGUUCCCAGAACGCCAACUGGGUUGUCGUCUACAAGUCGCUGAUAACCACACAUCAUCUGAUGGCAUAUGGCAAUGAGCGUUUUAUGCAAUACCUGGCCUCAAGCAAUUCUACAUUCAAUCUCAGCUCUUUUCUGGACAAAGGAACUGUUCAAGAUGGUGGCAUGGGCGUUCCAGGUGGCAGAAUGGGUUACGAUAUGUCGCCCUUCAUUCGGCGCUAUGCCAAGUAUUUGAAUGAGAAGUCGCUCUCCUAUCGGGCCAUGGCCUUUGACUUUUGCAAAGUCAAGCGAGGCAAAGAGGAGGGCUCGCUGCGCAGCAUGAACGCGGAAAAACUUCUGAAGACUUUGCCAGUUUUGCAGGCACAAUUGGAUGCGCUUCUGGAGUUUGACUGCCAAUCCAACGAUUUGUCCAAUGGCGUCAUUAAUAUGAGUUUUAUGCUCUUAUUCCGAGAUCUCAUACGUUUGUUUGCUUGUUACAAUGAUGGCAUCAUUAAUUUGCUUGAGAAGUAUUUCGAUAUGAACAAGAAACAUGCGCGGGAUGCCUUGGAUCUUUACAAGAAGUUCUUGGUGCGCAUGGAUCGCGUUGGGGAGUUCUUAAAAGUGGCUGAGAAUGUGGGCAUAGACAAGGGAGAUAUUCCCGAUUUGACCAAGGCGCCCAGCUCGUUGCUAGAUGCUUUGGAACAGCACUUGGCCACGCUGGAGGGCCGAAAGGUAUCCGCUGCUAAUACGCCCACACAGUCAUCGAGCAAUCAACGCAAUGUUAAAUCCGCUGUCACUGCACUCUCUUCAACCAGCUCGGCAUUUGGAACUGCGGCUGCAUCCAGCAAGUUUGAUAACACCAAUGGCAUUGACGAGCAGCUAAAGGCCCAGGUGCUGGCCGAGGAGGAGGCCGCCAUGAACCAGUACAAGUCCAAGGUAUCUUCGCCCACCAGCAGCGGUGCUGCUGGCGCUAGCGCUGCACUAACAAAUCCAUUUCUAUCGUCGCCGCCAGCCGCACAGGCUGGCCAGCCGAUAGUUGAUCUGUUCGGUGCCGCGUCGGCGCAGCCCGCUGCUGCUGCAGCAGCCACCAAGGCCUCCGACGAUCUGCUGCAGUUGGGCAAUCCAUUCGCCGAUAUGUUUGACGCCAGCGGCGGCGGCGGCGGAGCAUCCGCCCCAGGAGCCACAGGUGCUGCACUCAAUGCCAAUAAUUUGUGGAUGCAUAAUAAUGGUUUCAAUGGCGCUUCAGUUUCCUCCGCUGCUGCAACAAACGCAUUCGUUUCCGAUAGUAAUUUCUCAUCCGUUUUUGGUAAUACGGAACCGGCAGCUUCGACGUCGUUGCCAAAUCCAUUUUUCGAUGAUAUGUCGUUGCCACAAGGCCCACUCGCUUCUGCAUCUGUUGCUGCGCCCUUUGGCAACAAUAUCAAUUUCAUGGAUCAGCAGCUGCAGCAACAACAACAAUCGGCAUUAUAUGUGCAGCAGCAGCAGCAGCAGUUUGAACUACAACAGCAGCAACACCGACAGCAAUUGGCGCAACAGCAAACGAUGUUGCCACCUUCCAUGCCAGCAGCUCAGUUUCCAUCAGGCUUCGAUGCCUUGGGCGAUGUCCUGAAGCCGGCCUCAGCCAGCAACAGCAACAGCAACAACAGCAAUCAAAUGAACGUUGUCGCCACAGGUUACUCCAGCAAUAGCAGCUCGAUCCUGGCGUUACAACAGCAGCAGCACCACCAGCAACAUCAGCAGCAACUGCACCAGCACCAGCAGCAACAGCAGCAGCCACCGGCUGGCACUGGGAAGAUAAUUACCGGCGACUUGGAUAGUUCACUAAUGUCACUAGUUGAUAACUUAAAUAUAAACAAAACGGCAAGUGCAAAACCCGUGCAAUGGAAUUCACCUAAAAAUACAGCGAAACCAGGUGCUAAUUGGACACCCCAACCAAUGGCGGCUACUACUGGUGCUGGCUAUCGUCCCAUGGCACAUGGCAUGACCGUAAGUCCUGCGCCAGUCACAAUCAAUCAUCCGUAUAUACAUGCUAGUUAUCCUGUAAUGCCAAAUUAUAUGCAGGGAAUGCCGGUGAUGGGGCAGUCAGCAGCCCCUUUGACUGGGGUGCAACCGACGAUGAUGGCGGCGCCGCACAGUAAUGCGACGGGCAUCAUGCAACCAAUCCAGCCAACGCAGAAUGGCGGCAAUAAAGGCGUCCCACUCGACCCAUUUGGUGCGUUAUAAGCAGUCCCCAAGGAGCUAAUGCGUGCAACCCACUCACUCACUCAAUCUAAGCGCUCUAACCUCAUAGACAGCAAAACACCACAUCAACCACUCUCACAGAUACACAACAUGCGUAAUAAAAUAUUAAACAAAACCAAUUAUUAUACAUAUAUAUAUAUAUAUAUUAUAUACAUGUGCAAGUGAAAACUAAGAACAUGAAAUUGCAUUAUAUAACAUGUUUACACUAUGCUACAGAAACAAUAUAGAAAGUUUAUGAAAACAGCAGAAAAACAACAAAAGCAAACACAAAAGAAACGGAAGCAGAUGCAGAUAAGAAAAUUAUAUUAUAAUGUUGAACAUUGAGCGAUCACGAAAAAACAAAUGCUAUAUACAUAUAUAUAUAUGUACGAAUAGAUAUAUAUAUAUAUAUAUUUAUAUUAUUACUAUUUAAAUGAAAAACAAAUAAGUUUGACUAUUUAUAUGUAUACACCAAUUUAUAUACUAUGCUAAAACGAAUGAGGAAAAGCAGAAGCAGAAGCAGAUGCAGAAAGCGAAAACGAAACAAUUUCCAUAAAUAGCUAAAGGAAAGUAACCUAUGUGAAAUAUACCUAUGAAAUCUAUGAAAUAAGUCUAUACAAAACCUGUAGUUGUGUCCUACGCCAAUCACUAAACACACGUCGAAUUAUGUAGUGGAACUAUGUUAACUGUCUCAAAGCAGAACGAAGAUUGAAAAUGAAACUCAUUCAGAAAUGUUAUUUUCAAACUCAGUCCAAGUGCUGGCACAGCUUAACGUAAUAAUUUGCAAUAUUUUAAUCCGUCUAUCUAAUGUUUUUCUGUUAUUUUUUAGUCAAGUCUGGUGGCUAAAUACCUAUUAUAUGUUUUAAAUUGUUAUUAAGCAAAUUAUGAUUUGUUAAAAAGAGGGAAAUAUUUGUAAAUGCAUUCCAAACUAGCUUCAAUUUUGUCCAAAUUUAAUUUGCGAAGGAGAAAAACAUUUGUAAUUAUUAAGUAUUAUUUAAAACAACAACAAAUUCUAACAACGCUGGUGUAAAAUGUGUUGAUAAUAUGUUUAAAAUCUAGGAAAAAAUCAAACAAACAAACAGCAACGUUUAUUUAAUAUGUGUUAUACUUUAGUAUUAGACAUUUAUUUAAUUGCUUCUGGGCAUUCGAUACGUAACUGACAUCAAAUACGUAGUUCAUUUCAAGAAUGUGUACAUAAGGCAAAGACGUGUUUGUAGAAGUUUUCCUACAGCUCGACACGCUGAACUAUGUUUAAAUAAAAUUUAUAUAAAUUAUAUUAAA